UUGUUAAGUGAAAAGUAUUUGUAUCGACAACACUGUGCUGUAUUUACUUGGUAUCGGAUCGAUACCGGAUUUUGCGGUAUCGCCUACUCCUAGCAGAACAGGCGCAGAGUCAGACAGCAGCUACAGCAGCAGUCAUGGCGGACGAAAAGCCCAAGGAGGGAGUGAAGACGGAGAACAAUGAGCACAUCAACCUGAAGGUGGCAGGGCAGGAUGGCUCGGUGGUGCAGUUCAAGAUCAAAAGACACACUCCUCUCAGCAAACUGAUGAAAGCUUAUUGUGAACGGCAGGGACUGUCAAUGAGGCAAAUACGGUUUCGAUUCGAUGGUCAGCCCAUCAAUGAAACAGAUACACCUUCGCAGCUAGAAAUGGAGGACGAAGACACAAUUGAUGUGUUCCAACAGCAAACCGGAGGAUCGCUCUUUCUUUAAAGACUAUUUCCUAUGAACGUCCCUACCUCCCCUUUUUGCCCCCUGAAGAUCUUUGUUAUGCAGUCUUCACAUGCUCCUGACCAGUGUUAAUACCAUUCAAUCCACAAAAUGCUCAAAUGCAGCAGUAGCACAGUUGAUGUGCAGUUUUGUCACUUUCACAUUCAUAUGUUAACGUGUGUGAACUGCGCAGUGUAGACAACUUGUGAGCUGCAGUGAGUCUAAUGUGCCGAGGAAAUUAAAAGCUUCACAUAAUAAGUUGUUGCUUUUUUUUUUCUCUCAAGACUUUUCUAAAAACAAAUCCUACACCUUGUUUUUGUUUUUAUACUUAUGUCAUUGAUGGUUUGAUUCAGAUAGAAUUUUGUCAUUGUUAGGUAAGCCUGUGUUUGAAAUUCACUGACAUCUGUGUUUAUUAUAAAAUGUAUUGGAAUAAACUGAGUCUUUUUUUACACA